AUGGGUAGCUCGGGGGCAGCGCGGCAGCGCGGUUGCGGCGGGCUGGGCCCAUGGCUGGCCCUCGCGCUGCUGGCGCCGCUGGCCGCUUGCGACGUCGCGACGCGCGGCCCGCCGUGGGGGCACGUUCCAGGGGGUUUGGAUGCGGCGGCCGGAGGCGGGUGGGGCGUCAACGGCGCCUCGAGCUCGGCGGACAGGAGUCUGCUGGGCACGGGCUACGGCGGACACAAAAGGCACUGCUAUGACCAUCGCCCACCCAAUUUCCUGUGCAACUGCGCCCUGGUGGACCACUAUACGAUGACCAGCAUCAAGCACGCCUUUGCACCAGGUCAUAUCAGUUGCACACCCACAUGCUUGCGAAGUGCCCCACACAUUUGCUACCUGAAGAACUGCGAUUUAGGAGAGGAACAUGAAGUGAUCUGCGUCCAGGAUGGCUGCGGCAUCAGAAUAGAUCACGAUUUGAUGGCAGUAGUGCUAUCUGGGCAGUGUUUUUUAAACGAGACUCUUCAACUCUGGGAUUGUGGGGACGUGGCACUCGACCUUCCCAGCCACAAGUUCAUUUCUACAGGGGAGUGCAUGUCUGUGUGCAAAGGCCAGGACCUUGCUUGCACUUUCCCCACGCGCUAUUACGCACCGCUGUCGGAGUUCCAUCCAAUACCUGGCCAUGCUUUUAAUGGGUCCAAGCCUGCUGAAGAUACUUCCACAAGCCCUGCAGCUGUGUCGCCCGAGCCUGUGGAUGGCACACGUCCGACCACUGCACCUGCUCCAGCAAGUCUUCCCAAGGCAAGGAAGACAGCUCGACCCAAAGCAACGCCUGCACCAGCUCCCAGCUCUGGCAUAACGCCAACUGGAGAUGGGUCAUCGUCAGCACCACCACAAAGGCCGGACAGCAGCUCUCCACCUUCUCCUGGUGUGCCGGGCAGUAGUCAAGGACCCAGUGGCGGGGCCCCCAUGCCUCCACAAACCAUGGGCGAGCCCGGUGAUGGGUCACCAGCAGUGGCACCCGCACCAACAGGCACACCGCAAGUGGGUAAACAGAGGAAAAGCAAGGAUCGAAGCCUGGCCUUGCCGCCUGCAGCCGCAACUGAUGCGCAAGCACCGAGCGUGGCCACAGCUGGCACAGGGAACAUGAUGGCAGGCAACAUGACAGCCGGUGCACCUGACACAGAAGAUGUGGAUGUGGCCGAUGUCCCUUCUGUGGACCCCACGGCUCUGAAGGAGAAUGAGACAAGUAUGGCGGGUGCACCAGAUGAUGCUCUGGCACCAUCAGGGGUUGAAACAGCAGAUGCGCCUGCGAUGGCUAAAGCAAAUGGGACAGUCACUGCCGCGGCCCCAGUGCCAGGGAAUGCUACUGUUGAUGCCCAAGCCCCAAGCCCUGCAAAUGUGACGGACGAAGCGGUGGCCCCCGGCCCCGCAGAUGUGAAAGUUGAAGCCCUGGUUCCUUCGCCUGCGAUUGCCACGAUUGAUGCGCCUGCUCCAGCACCAGUGAAUGAGACAAUUGACGUAUCUGCGCCUGGCCCAGCGACUGAGCCAGUCGAAGGGCCUGCUCCAGCAUUGCUCAAUGACACGAUGGAUGCUCCUGUGCCAGCACCAGUGAAUGACACACUCACGCCAGCGCCUGCACCAGCGAAUGAGACACUUGGACCUGCUCCAGCACCAGUGAUGGAUGCUCUUGCACCUGUGCCGGCGAACGAGACAGUCGGACCUGCUCCUGCACCAGUGAUCGAUGCGCCAGCGCCUGUGCCAGCGAACAAGACAGUUGGACCUGCUCCAGCACCAGUGAUCGAUGCGCCUGUUCCUGCGCCAGAAGUGGAUGACACAGUGGGGGCACCAGCCCCUGCGCCAGUCCUGGUGGUGCCUGAAGAAAUGGCCACAGCCCCAGCAGCAACAAGCAGCAGUGGCCCAAGUUUGGUGGCACAGUCGGCUGCGGGCGAUGCAGUGUACCUUGGCCCAUGGAGAGAGUGCAGCAGUGUGUGCAGGAAUGGCGGGCCCAGUGUCAGGGAGCGUGGGCAAUAUUGCAUCAGUGCAUCUGGGACACCCGCUCCGCAGGAGGUGUGUGAUACUCUGGACACAUCUAGCGACACCUCGGCAGAGUGUGACGUUGCCCCAUGCAGCAGCCUGCCUGCGUACUACCAGCUGGGCCAGUGGAGUGCUUGCGAUGCGCUGUGUGGUGGAGGUGUGCGAACCAGACCUGCAGUGUGCGUCAACGGGACCGGAGACGUCAUUGAUGCAUCCAACUGUGAAGCACUCGACCCAAAGCUUGUUGAGAAGGAAUGCAACACCAUGCCCUGCGAGUCUUUCUACUACAGUGUGCGUGCAUGGGGCGAGUGCAGUGAGCCGUGUGGUGGUGGCAAUCGGACAAGGGAAGUGAUCUGUGUUGUGGCAAAUAUAGUGCCCUUCACGGGUGGGGAUUCCAGUGACACCUGUGAGGACAAGGGCCUUGAGAGGCCAAGGGAAGAAGAGCCAUGCAACACCUUUGCAUGCCCAGCUUCUGGCAAUAGAAGAAAACUCUUGCAAGACCCUAUGCAGGACAGCUGCAGUGGCAAGACUUGUUCAGGCCGUGGGACCUGUGUCCAGGGCAACUGCAUCUGCGAAGGUGAAUUCAGCGGUGCAAACUGCGAACUGGAUGGCUCUGGCUUUCUCGCGUGUCCAGAGGGCUCAGUGGCAGACGCCUCAGGACAGUGUUGUGAAGGCCGCCUUGAUGUGGAAGGCACUUGCUGUGAAGAGGGUCAAGAGCUAGAUGGGGCCGGCCUGUGCUGCAGUGAUGGUGUUGAUGCUUGUGGCAUCUGUGGUGGAGAUGGGCAGUUCAUAGAUCUAUCUGGGGUGUGCUGUUCGACAUUCUUGGAUGGCAAUGGGCUGUGCUGCUCGAGCGGCGACCUGGACGGAUGUGGAGUAUGCUCAGGAGAUGGUUCUUCUUGCCGAUCCAGAAUUGAGAUGACCGUCCAGGUUUCAGAUGCAGCCAUCUCUGACAGCGACCUUCUGGACUGUUUGUCGCAGAGGAUAACUGAGGCAGUGCCUGUGGAUUCUGAGGAAUUCGAACCCAACAUCACAUCCCGCACUGGCCAGGGCACCAACUUCUUGGUGGUUCUGGAGACGCCUGGGCUGCCUCUUUCGGCUGCAUCAUUGACAAGAGAGCUGGCCAGUGAUGCCACUGCAGUGCGAACUCAGCUCCAGCAAGAUGAUACCUGCGAGAUCUUGGGCGUGUCAAAUGCCAGCAAGAUUGCACUUUGUGGGAACAACAUCUGCGAGUUUGGGGAGAUGGCAGGGGCGCCUGGCUUUCCAGCUGACGGUCCCCUGGCGUGCCCAGGGGACUGUCCAUUCACGUUUACGGCGUGCCCUGCUCCUGUGUUCGGUCCUGACAACAGUCUGCGGUACUGCUCUGCAAAUGGACGGUGUCUCUUCACAAGCAAUGGCAUUUGCGACUGCUUCACAGGAUACAUUGGCGAUUCGUGUGCCACUUGCGACACUGGAUUCGAAGAAGUCGAUGGGAAAUGUCUAGUGGCGGCUGCAGGAUUGGGAGCAGCACCAGCUGUGGUGCAACGUGGUGUCGUGGGCGAUGGCGACUCUCCGGACAGCGACACUGCAUUGGCUCUUCCCUUGGGUGUCGGUCUCGCUGUUGGCGCUGUUUUGCUGGUGGCUGUGGUGGCGAUGUUGGUAAGAAACCACAGGAAGCGGCGAGAGGGAGACGAGCUGACAACGAUGACGAGUGCUGAUGAUAAGGGCAAGAAAAUGCUGGACAGUGAGCCGGGAUCUCAAAAGCCUGGCCAUACACAUGGUGGCAGUCAAACCAAGUCUUUGUCUGAUUACUGGAGGUCCUUCAUUUCCACCAUUUCUGUGGGAAGCCCCAGACGCACCCCGCGGAGUGGUACUGGCGAUUAUGUUGAGGCUCCUGGCGCUGAGCCAUCCCUGACACCAGGACAGUAUUUGAACAGCGGGGAUGUUUCAAUUGGAGAAGAUCGAUAUGUGGAUGCAACGUCCCCUGGGGGGUCACCACCAAUGGCCAGCUCAUUGGCUGACUCAACACCUGAGAUCAGGAGCUUCCCAUUAGAUUUUACAGGCGAGGAAGGGGUCAUCUCACCAGGCAGUGGUGCAUCCAGCCAGAGGGUACACAUCAUCCCAGUUUCAACUGGGGUUGAGAGCUCAGGCACCCCACUCGAAGUUGCCCGUAGCCUUGGCUAUGGUGCCAUGGCGGGCGAUGUGGAGGUUACGAGCUUUCCUGUUAGGGUGAGUGACAGUCCUCCGGGGAGCGACUACAGGAGUGCAGCCAGCACCCCAACAGGUGAAUUCAGAGAUGCCUAUCCCGUCCGUGUGAGCGACAUUUCCAGCAGGUCAGCCACCCCAGAGAUGCCUGGCAGCUUCCCUGUCCAGCUGAGUGAUGGGUCCAGCCGCGCAAGCACCCCCGCUGGAGAGAGGCAGUUGGAAGGCUACCCCAUCCGUGGGAGUGACAUCUCGAGCAGGUCUGCUACCCCACCAGAUAUGGCCGGCUAUCCUACAUGGCUUAGGGAUGCUGCAGAUCGUCCUGGCCUGCCCACAGGUGGUCGGAGGGUGGAAGCUUACCCAGUUCGCCUCAGCGAUGUAUCUGGCCGUUCCAGCGUGUCUGUGGACCACCCCUUGUCAGGCGAAGAAGCCAGUCGCUCAACCCCGCCGCACGGCGAUGCUCAGGUAGAGGGUUUCCCGGUCCGACUGAGCGAUAUUUCCAGCCGCUCUGCAACGCCUGGAGAGCGGGCGCUGCCUGGCAGCUUUCCUGUUGAGCUUAGCGAGGAUGGGAGCCGCUCCAGCACCCCUGUGAGUGGUCAGGGCUUGCAGGCCUACCCAGUGCGUCCCAGCGACGUUUCAAGCCGUUCUGCCACGACUGGUGAACGACCAUCGCUUGGGGCACAACCGGGCGAGCAAGGUCCUGGCGGCAGGAGAGUGGAGGCUGUGAGUCACCCUGUGCGCUUGAGCGAUGUGUCCAGCCGCUCUAGCACACCAGAGAUGACUGAGGGAUUGAGGCGGGCUUUCCCAGUCCGCCUGAGACUGAGUUCAAGUGGUACGUCCACUCCAGAGAUGCCUGGGAGCUUCCCUGUUGCUUUGAGCGAAGGGGGUGACAGUCGGGCAAGCACCCCGGUGGGGGGACCUCAGCUGGAGAGCCGUCCAGUGCGACUGAGUGACAUCUCUGCUGUAUCUGGAGUGUCUACUGAUCGCGGUGCUUCCCCACCUGGGGGACAAGUAGUGCAGGCUCAUCCAGUUCACCUCAGUGACCCUGACAGCCGUGCCAGCACCCCAGAAGUGCCAGGAGCCUUUCCUGUUGCACUGAGUGAAGGGGGAGCUAGCCGGGCAAGCACUCCAGGAAGCAGCCCCCAGCUGGAAAGCCGCCCAGUGAGGUUAAGUGGUACCUCCACUGUGUCUGGUACAUCCACUGAGCGUGGCCUGCCUGGCAGUUUCCCUGUGGUGCUGAGCGAUGGUGGGAGCCGUGCGACCACCCCAGCCACAAGCCCGCCACCGCUGGAGGGCCGCCCAGUCAGGUGGAGCGACAUCUCUCCAGUUUCUGGCGAAUCGGGGGCAGCUAGCCGUGGCUCACCUGGGGCCUUCCCUGUGGAGCAGAGCGAUGAAGGGAGCAGGGCAAGCACUCCUGCAGAAGGGCCACGUGUGCAGGCUUAUCCAGUUCGUCUGAGUGACGUCAGCCGUGCAAGCACCCCAGAGAUGCCUGGCAGCUUCCCUGUCGCAUUGAGUGAAGGAGGUGACAGCCGGGCAAGCACCCCAGUGGGGGGGGGGCAGUUGGAGAGUCGCCCAGUGCGGCUGAGCGAUGUUUCUGCUGUGUCGGCCGGUCGUGCGGGCACACCAGUCGCUCAGCCUCCAUCAAGGAUUGCUCCUGCUGUAGAGGGCGAGGAAGGCAGUGGUGGGAGCACACCAUUUGGGAGCCCCAGGAUUGAGGACCGCCCAGUUCGCCUGAGCGACGUCUCCGCUGUGUCUGGUGCAGACCGUGCGGCGCCUGGGAGUUUCCCCAUUGUGUUGAGCGAAGGCACCGACAGUCGGGCAAGCACCCCAGUUGGAGGCCCCGUUCUGGAGAGUCAGCCAGUACGACUAAGUGACGCCUCAAAUACUUCUUGGAUGUCUGCCGAACGUGUGGCGCCCGACAGCUUCCCUGUCACAAUGAGUGACGAUGGGAGCAGUCGUGCAAGCACACCGGUGGGGGGCCCUCAGCUGGAGAGUCGCCCUGUGCGAUUGAGCGAUGUGUCAGCUGCUUCUGGUCUGUCAGCUUAUCGAGGCUUGCCUGGAGUGUUCCCUGCUGCAACGACCCCACCAGUUACUCGUCCAGUUGCUGCCACAGAGGGUGUGCGGGUGCAGGCCAUUCAGUCAAGUGCACAUCACAGCGAUGGCUCCAGUCGUGCCAGCACCCCUGAAGUUCCCAGGACCUCUCCUGCCGCACUGGAGGGAGGCAGCAGCCGUGCCAGCACCCCAGCCAGCAACCCUCAACUGGAGAGCCGUCCGGUGCGACUGAGCGAUUCAUCAAAUGUCUCUGGCCCAGGGGCCGAACCUGUGGCACCAGACAGCUUCCCUAUUGCACUGAGUGAGGGCGGCAGCAGCCGUGCAAGCACUCCAUCAGGCGGGCCCGUCCUGGAGAGUCGCCCAGUGCGACUGAGCGACGUCUCGGCUGUCUCUGGUGCAUCGACUGAACGUGGCUUGCCUGGUAGCUUCCCCACCGCAGUGAGCGAAGGGGGCAGUCGCACAAGCACUCCAGCCAGCCAGCGUGUUCCGCAAAGCUUCCCUCUGGCAUGGAGCGAAGGAGACAGCCGUGCUAGCACCCCUGUGGGCGGGGCAGCUGAGGGUUUUCAGGUGAGGGUGAGUGAUAUCCACAGUGCACAAGGCUCGCCACCAGCAGGCGCUGUUGGAGUCGAAGGCUUUCCAGUUCAGUUCAGCGAUACCGAUAGCCGUGCAAGCACACCAGUUGAGCGAGGCAGCAGUGAGCGAGGUCGAACUCCACCAGUGACUGGCCCAGGUGGUGAUUUCCCGCUGCCUGCUGGUUAUUAUGCAGCAGACAGCCGUGCAAGGUCUGCGGCGCCUCCUCGCACGGCUGCAUCUCCAGGGCACUUUCCUGAGCAUAAUGAAGGUGCAACUCCACCAACGAGCCCCAGGACAGCGGCUGGGGGCUUCCCGGUGGCAGCCGGCUAUCUGUCUGGCAGUGCUGCCCAGCAGCCCAGAGGCCUUGCACUUACAUCUGGUGAUAGCUGGCGAGGUGGAAGCACUCCACGCACUACAGGCACCACACCGGCCUCACCCCCUGUGCGAGGGUCCAGCCUGCCACAUCUGGGAACAGAAGUGGCAAGUGGAGCACUUGGGUCAGAGUUUGAACGUGGCAGCUCCACAGGCAGUGGCGUCUGGGCGGCGCGUGCCUCGAGUCCUGCUCUCGAGGUCGGUUAUUAUGCCACGCCAACAGGCAAUGCACCGGCUCGAGUGCCAACCACAGGCGCACAAGAUGCGGUCUCGGGAUUCCCGAUUCAGCUAAGCGACACUUCGAGCAGGGCGAGCACGCCUUCGAGCCUGCCUCAACCAGGCGCCAUGCCAAGGUCUGUGGAUGGGGCAGGGGGCCAGCCAAGCACCCCAGUGAGCUCCAGCCCCAGUCGAAUUCCGAAUUUCCCCAUCCAACCCAGUGAAGGAUCCAGCAGGGCCAGCACGCCCAUGAGCGGUGCGCCCAGGCGCGACUCCGGGGCUUCGCAGUCGCCGUCGCCUUCGCCGCCGGCGGGGGUGCAGGCAUUCGCCAUCAAUAUCAGUGACGACGCCUCCAGCGUCUCCAGCUUCGGGGGUGCUGCAGGCCAGGGUGGCCAGGCGCCGCCACAGUUGUCGGGGUUCCCAAUUGAUAUGAGCGACACAACCAGCCAGGCGAGCAGUUCUGCUCCGAGCACGCCACGACGAUCAUGA